AUGGCAUCAAACACUUCAGAUGCAGAGACAGACAACCUCUACUUGUACAAACCAAGUCAUUUCCUGCCAGCGAUCUUUGCAGCCCUCGUUGGCGCAUCCUUCUUUGUACAUGUCUAUCAGAACUAUCGCUACCGUUUUUGGCGCGUCACCUUCUUCAUCUGUUGGGGUGGAGCCCUCUUUACAACCGGCUGGAUUAUGCGCUGCAUCUCGAGCUUCCACCCAGAGAACCUCAACCUCUACAUCGCCUCCACAAUCUUCAUCUACGUGGGACCUCCAGUCUACUCGGCCGCCGCAUACAAUCUCGUCGGUCGUCUCAUGAACUACCUCCCAAUGCACGCAGUUCUCAACCCCAACCGCGUCCUCAUAUUCUUCGUCUACGUCGGUGCCGUCGUUGAAGCAAUUACAGCUGCAGGCGCCGCCAAAAGCGCAACAGCCGGCUCCAACCUAGACAAAGCCAAGUCCGGCGGCACACUCGUCACUGCAGGUCUUAUCCUCCAAGCUAUCGUUGAAUGCUGCGUGAUAGGGAUCGUCGCAAUGGUCCACGCCCGCUGCUCGAAAGCCCGGAUGCUCUCCCCAAAUGUCCGCAUGCUCUGCAUGACCCUUUACGGAACAUCGGCUCUUGUCCUGUUGCGGUGUAUCUUCCGUGCCGUCGAAUCAUUCGAGACAUUCGGUAAGCUCGGUUGUCGAGAGAACUGCGGGCCGAUUCUCAGUAAUGAAUGGUAUCUAUAUGCGUUUGAGCUGGGUCCCAUGCUCAUCUUCACCUGGUGGUUAAACCUGAUGCAUCCCGGACGGAAUCUGCCCCGCCAGAAGCAUCGGUAUCUGUGCCCCGAUGGUCGGACGGAGCGCAUGGGUCCUGGCUGGAUGGACCGUCGCUCUCGGUGGGAGACAUUCGCUGAUCCUUUGGAUUUGAAGGGUGUCUUCAAGGGCAAUCCUUCUCAUGAGGCGUAUUGGCUACGCCAGGACGAAUGGCCUGUGUGCAAGGAUGGGAGCUUUGCUAUGGGGACUGCCACUAAUAAGAGGGUUGUAUCGUCUGUGGAUGAAAAGGAGAUUGCACGACUCAGCCCCGAUGUUUGA